AUGGAGGAUGCUAAUGAAGACGGAAAUGUCAAUAUUGAAGUCGAAGAGCCAAAAAGUACUCGUCAAGUGGAUGAUCAACAAGAAGACAAUGAAGCACCUCCUCCACAAGAUGGAAAGAAUCAAUUAGAAUCUUUUUACAAUCAAAUGAGGUUUAAGGCUCAAUUAGCCAACUCAUACGAUGUCAAUCCCUUUGUGGCAAUUCCCUACUCAUCUCCAAUAAACUCAAUCGCGUUAUCGGCAAGCUCAAAAUGGUUAUUCACAGGAGGUGACGAUGGGUUUAUAAGGAAAUAUGACUUUUUCAGUUCUAUUGAUGGUGAGGUCCAACUUACAGCUGCUCAAAAGCACUCACUAGUUGACUCUAUUACAAAUGGGGGUGCUCUUCAGGGCUACUGGGAAAACGAAAUACCUGUUAAACGCUCAAUGCUCACAAAAGAUUCAUAUGAACCGAAAUUAUCACCAGUAUUUUCUUUGGCUAUUGAGAACAGAUGUCUUUGGUUAUUGAGUGGAUUAUCAAACGGUGGUAUCAAUAUGCAAUCUAUACGACACAAUGAAGGCACUAUUGUACAUCAUUUUGCAGGUCAUCAAGAUACCGUAUCAGCAUUGAAAUUAAAUCAAGCUCAAAACAAAUUCAUUUCAGGUAGUUGGGAUAAACUUAUAAAUAGUUGGGAUCUAAACUCUGGUAAAAUCAUCAAUACCUUCAAGGAUGCUACAGGGCAAAUAAGCUCUUUAGAGUUCAGACCUGCUGGUGGGGUGGAUAUUGAAGCUCAGCCGAUCAACGAAGAUGAUGAUAUGGACUCGUUAUUUGGUGAUGAAGAAGAAGAGCAACAAAAUGGGAAGCAACAACGGUCAACAAAGCAACAACGAAAGUCAUCGUCGUCGUCAACAGUGCCAUCCACAACAACAACAACAACAACAACAACACACCAAGGACUUGAUGAAAAUAUAUUCAUGUCAUCUUCAAUCGAUGGAUCAAUUAAUAUUUGGGAUCUUAGAACUAAUCAACAAGUUUUGAGGUUGAAAGGUACGAAACAUUCUCCACCAUGGUGUGUCUCAUCUUGCUGGUCUCAAGAUGGUAACUUCAUAUAUGCUGGUAGAAGGAAUAGUACAGUUGAUGAAAUCUCAUUAAGAAUGCCCUUGGAUUCAAAUAAUGAGAUUAAAGUUUCUAAAACACUAAAGUUCCCACAAGUUUCGGGUGCAGUUACAGUUGUGAGGCCAUUACCAAAUGGACACCAUAUUCUAUGCGGAUCUUAUGAUAAUAUAAGAAUUUAUGACUUGAGGUUGUAUGAAGAAUCCCAUAAGAAAACACCAUUUUUGAUCGUUCCAGGACACCAUGGAGGUACAUUGUCUGACGUUCAGUUUGACCCAACUUACAAAUACAUGAUAAGUGCAAGUGGGAAUAGGGGAUGGCAAGGAUCUAGUACAGAAACUGUCUUCAUUUAUGAUGUUGAGUUACAGUGA